UUGUCGAUGAAACUGGUCGCCACAAACUGGCUUGAAACAUAACCCGAGCUGAAGCUAGUGGCCCUGAGAAUGUGCCCAUGGGUUAUGCUGUAUGUUUAGUAUCUAACAAAAUAAUAAAGUCAGCGUGCAACUAUAGUGAAGCUAUUACGAUUGGACUUCAAAUAGCUUUUGUCUAGGUGCGCAUUUCCAGCGCAGAAAACAGGCACACAGCGUGUUCGAAUCGGAAGUCGUGUGACCAGGAUAAGGUCUACCCGAUGGUCAAUAUCAAAACAUGGUUUAUUUUUUACGUUGUAAGUAUGCAGAAUAAUUCCGUCGUUUGUUGCUGCUCGCGCAUUUCAGCACACCUAGAAUUUUAUGCUUUGAAUGAUGUUUUAUCACACCUAGAUGCUUAUUUAACGUCAGACAGCCAUUUAGCUCUGACUGCUAUCUGCAUUACUCUUAAAGGCUGCAACGCAUCUAGAGAUUCAUCCGCUGCUUUUCACAUGUCUCUUUCCCCUUUAUGUAGACAUCUACAAAACACCUGCUCCGUAUCUGUUUUUGUAAGCCAUCUACUGUCAGACUCUUUCCACCAAUUGGGACUCCACACCUUUUGAAAGUGUCUCUCUUAACCUCACAGGUGGCCCUCUCUGCAAAGAGUCGUCUGCUUGACACAGUCAUUGUUUUACCCGAGGGGUCGAUCAAAUCUCCGGCGGAGUGUUGUGGAGAAAAAGGGCCCUCGUGAGCAAUGUUUCUGCUUGUGUAUAGUUCUUUGUGAUGGUAGAAGGCUUAGUGAGCUUUUGCUAUCGUCGGUACAUGGGAGAGUAACUAAGUGAAAGGGGGAUUGUCAUUACAGAGCUGCUGGCGGACUUAGUGAUCUGGCUGGUUACAACCAAACGGUAUAAUUUCUACUGUUACUAAGCUUCUACGCUCUGCGCUAGUGCGGACGAUACGAUGGCGUAGAGAUGUGUGUGUUGGUACGUCAGCUCAAGUGGUUUUACUGUGGUUCGAACAUACGACUAGCAAUCUCUGAAAAGCUCUCGUUUUCCGGCGCUCCAUUUGUACUCAUGAGAAGAAUUUCGCCGAACGACUGAACUUGAGUGUUCGCGAAAUGUCUCUGUAGAGCAUACACAUGGAAUCAUAUGAUCGUGAUGGAGAAAAUAGUUGAGCGCCUGGAGAAUAACAAAGACAGCUGGUAGUGAACGAUUGGUGUCGCGAUGAGGUACAACAUGAAAGAGCUGAUGGCAGUGGCCUCACAGCCCGCCAUCAAGUUCGAUAAAGAGGGAGUGUUAUUCUUCAAAGACAAGCAAGAUGGAAUUCUCUUUCGAAAAAGCGAUGUGUACACGGAGCGAUGGUUUAGACUAAAGGGCAAUCUUUUAUUUUAUCUACGUAACCGAGAUCCGUGUUCGGAGCCACAAGGCCUAAUUGUACUGGAGCAUUGCCACGUGGAAAUGGGACCCCGAAAUCAAACGAUGUUUUGCUUCUCGUUAGUGUAUAACAUGGAAGACCAUAUUUACUUGGGCGCAUUGUCUGAGGCCGAGCGUGACUCGUGGAUGCACGCAUUCACAAGUGCUUCGAUAGAAAACCUUCGACGAACCGCGGAAGAGCUGCGGGCAGGGUUGGCCUUGGCCCAAGAAGGCCCGCUCACCAAGAGCUCGUCGCCUCAACCAUCGGAUAGUAGCCAUUACGGAUCGGAGGAAUGUGCUGAUGAGCUGCGGCCGUUAUUAUUGGAGCUCAGUUGCGACAACCUUCGUUGCGAUCAUUCUGGACGGCCGCCAAACUCAAUGCUUGUUCUCAUGGGCAGCCUGGCACCUGCUAUUUGGGACACCUGCGGACACACAGAGGUCGUUGAGCGUUCAUCGAAUCCAACGUAUCUUUUGAAUGUCGAACUUACUGGACGAUUUUGCACUACGUCAAGUUCAAUCCGUGUAUGUUGUUACGAUGUAAAGGAGCGCGUUACGAAAACGAAAUCAUUCAUCGGGUGUGCUUCACUUUCCCUACGAUCACUCACAAUGCCAUCAGAUAAUCAACCCCGGCUGCCGCUCAUGUAA